GCUAUUAAUACAAACUAAUAGAACUUUGAUCAAACCAUAUUGACGCAAGGAAUCAGUGCGUUGCAAGAGCUGCAAGACUAUGAGUGCAUACGUCCCGCCCCACAAGCGGGGCAAGCCCCAAGCCAGCAGUGCCAGCAAUGACAGCGCUGCUCCGGCGCAAGGCCUCGGCCGCCUGAGCCUCGGCGGCGGCGGCGGCGGCGGGCGCUGGGACGCGCCGCAGGACCGCCCGGGCCGCGGGCGGAACGACGGCGGGCGCUGGGACGCGCCGCGGGACCGCCCGGACCGCGGGCGCUACGGCGCCGGCGCCGCGACCGCGUCGCGGUACGGCCGCUACGGCGCGGGCGGCGCGGCGGCGCCGCGCGGCGAGCUGGCGCCGAACCCCUACGAGAAUCCCCCCGAUCAGAAUACUGAAAGGGACCGCUACGUCUCGGCCUACGACGCGGCCCAGCAGGAUCAUUAUGGAGAGAGCGUCGAGGGCGUCGAAGACGACCGCGCGCAGUUCGCGAAGCUCAUCGGCUUCUCGCGGCACCGACGGGAGAAGCUCGGGCACCGGCGCGUUACUGGAGACGAUAGUGGAAGAAGGAAGCGCCAGUCGGCGCCGCGCGCCUUCGGCACGAACGACCACGGGCGCGGGCUCGAGUUCGGCGAAGACCUGAAAGGAGGGAAACGUAUCGACGAGGAGGACGGCAUGGUCUACGAGAUGGCGGACGGGAGCGGCGUCUUCUUUUGCGAUAGAUUUAGAAGGUACAAGUUUUUUUGUGGGGCCUGCGGUCUAGGAUUACUGAAGGAGCUCGUGGGGGUGAACGCGAUCCUAUUGAAGCGCAACAAGGAGUUAUUUGUCGGAGACAAAGAAAGCCAGGCGCGGCAGCGGGCCGAGGGCUACGCGCUCUACGAGGAGAAGCCGAACUUACGGAGGCGGGGAAGUGAAAUCGGCACGUGGUCCGACCGCGAGUAUUCAUUACCGGGCUUCCAGUGGAUGUAUCUGCGGAUGAAGAGUUGGCAGCGCUUCACGGAGACGUGGGCCUGUUUGGAGCGGUGCGCGCACGCGGGGCUGUUUGAUCGUGGGGGUUGCUUGUAUGAGGCGGAGCGCGUCGUCAGUAUCGGGGGCGGGCCGGGCUACGAGCUGCUGGCGUACGACUACUUCCGCGAGUACUGGGCGUCGCCUGAUAGGAGCCAGUGGCGGGCGUCCGUGGAACUGCCGCGCCACAAGGACCACGCCUUCGCGUCGCUGGACCUGCAGCCGUCCUGGCGCGAGUACGUCGACCUGCUGGGGUAUGGCUUCUCCCAGUGGGACGUGCACCAGCCAGACUUAGAUUCUCUACUAAAAGGCACGGAGGGUGUCGUCUGCCUGCUGUCGAACAUCAUGUGCUACUGCACGGACGAGGCGACCGCGGACCUGUUUUACGCGCUCCUGACGACGCACAAGUGCGCGGCCAUCGUCGCGAACGAGCGCGGGGCCGAGCAGGGCAUCCUCCCGAAGCUGGAGCGGCGGGGUGCUGUGGUUGUGAAGCUGCUGGACAACACGGUCGUCGGCCGCGACGACCGCCAGUUCAUCGUCCUGCCGCCGGGCCACGCGCCGCUGACGGGCGUGCCCCUCGCGGAGGACGCGGACCGCGUGUUUCCCAACGUUCCGUACGAAGAGAAGAAAGGAGUACGGCGUGUCUAA